UGUAUCGAUCAUCCGAUCGUCUCAACAAUCAAUUUUCGCACACAAAAGACACAGAUCUGUGGUUUGUUUACUUAUAAUCAUCGUACCAAGAAGCUACGAAAGUCGAAAGGUCUCGACCCUAUCUUCAGUAACCAAGUGAGAAGGAGAGCGAAAAUCAAAAGAUGAAGGCGGCGCAGAAGCCGAUCCACGCCGUGACGACAUGGGUUCGCCGGCAACCACCAAAGGUCAAAGCUUUUCUCGCCGUUGUAUCCGCCAUGGCUGCUCUCGUCCUCUUGAGAAUGAUCGUUCACGACCACGACAACCUUUUCGUCGCCGCCGAAGCUGUCCACGCCCUCGGAAUCUCCGUCCUCAUCUACAAACUCACCAAGGAGAAGACUUGCGCCGGAUUGUCUUUGAAGUCUCAAGAGUUAACAGCUCUGUUUCUGGCUGUGAGACUUUACUGUAGCUUUGUGAUGGAGUUUGAUAUCCACACGUUGCUUGAUUCGGCUACUUUGGUGACUACCCUUUGGGUUAUCUACAUGAUCCGUUUCAAGCUCAAAGCUAGUUACAUGGAAGACAAAGACAAUUUUGCAAUCUACUACGUUGUUGUACCAUGUGCUGUUUUAUCAGUUCUGAUUCACCCAUCAACACAUCACCAUAUAAUCAAUAAGAUCUCUUGGGCCUUCUGCGUGUACCUUGAAGCUGUUUCGGUUCUUCCUCAGCUUAGAGUCAUGCAAAACACUAAGAUCGUGGAGCCGUUCACAGCACAUUACGUGUUUGCAUUGGGGAUAGCUAGGUUCUUGAGCUGUGCGCAUUGGGUCCUUCAGGUCUUGGACACUCGAGGGAGGUUACUGACUGCUUUAGGAUAUGGGUUUUGGCCUAUAAUGGUCCUCAUCUCUGAAGUCAUACAAACCUUCAUUCUCGCUGACUUCUGCUACUACUAUGUCAAGAGUUUGAUGGGUGGCCAGCUUGUUCUUCGUCUGCCGUCAGGUGUUGUGUAAAAUCUGUUGAAGAAGAGAGAAGAAGACACGGUAUGGCUUUUAAGCUUAGUAUGGAGUUUGGCUCUAUGUUUCUUUUUUGCAGACCAUCGUUUUAGUCUACUGUAAACUCCUUUUCUCAUACGUUUUAUGUUUUGUUUCUUGGAUGUAAAGGAAAAGGGAGUUGAUUUAGAGACUUUUGACAAUACUAAUUUCGUACCUCUCAGCUUUUAGUUUCUUGCUAUAAAUUUUGUUAUAUACUCCACAAA